AUGUCAAGAAAAGAAGUUCCAGAUUCUUUAAUUGAGGAUGCAGAAUUAACAGAUCCUUCAAUUGCAAAAUUACCAGCACAUAAAGUCAAUAAAGCUGAAUUGAAAAGAGAAACAACAUUAGCUCCAGAUGCUACUCAAAAAGAAAUCAAAACAGUUGUAACAAAUGAUGAAAAAGAAGCUACACAAUGGAAUGUUCAACAUGGCAUUAAAGAUCCAAAAGAAACAUUAUUACAAGAAGCAGAAGAUGUUGAUCCAGCAAUUGCAAAAUUGCCAGCUCACAAAGUGAAUAAAAAAGAAUUAAGAGAAGAAGAAACAUUAGGUCCAGAUGCAACAAAACAAGAAAUUGACACAGUCGAGGAUAAUGAUUUUACAAGAGAUGAACAAGAAGCAACAGAAUGGAAUAUUAAACAUGGUAUUAAAGAUCCAAGAGAAACUUUGCUUCAGGAAGCAGAAGAUGUAGAUCCAGCAAUUGCAAAAUUACCAGCACAUAAAGUCAAUAAAGCUGAAUUGAGACACGAAGAAACAUUAGGUCCAGAUGCAACAAAACAAGAAAUACAUAUUGUUGAUUCAAAUGAACUCAAACAAGGUGAAAAAGAGGCUGCAAAAUGGAAUAAAGAACAUGGAUUUUAA